CGAAGUUCUAUCAAAAUUAUUCCCGGCCCAAAACCACAAACAAAAUGGCGAGGUUUUCGUUCGGAGAAGAGGAGGAGGAGGAGAACGAGAUGGAAUCCAGAGCCAACAACAAAAGGAAGGGUCAGUCACCGACCGAAGGCGGAAACCAAAACAAAUCUCAGAAAUCGGCAGGAGAUGCGGAGCAAUUGCGCAGCGGGAUCGAGGACAAAAUGGGAGGGAUUUCGGUUACGAUCGAUCCUGAUGCUCUUGAUUGCUUCAUUUGCUGCGAGCCCCUGAGGCCUCCUUUGUAUCAGUGUGUGAAUGGGCAUGUAGCAUGCCGUGCCUGCUCCAUUAAGCUCCCUCAAAACAAAUGCCCGAACUGCUCUCAGGCCAUCGACUUCACUCGAUGUCGGUUUCUCGAGAAAAUCAUUGAAUCAAUUAAAUCCCCAUGUUGUUAUUCCGAACACGGUUGCAAUAAAACUCUCUCAUAUCCCGAGAUAUUCUCUCAUCAAGAAACAUGCGUUCAUGCCCCUUGCUUCUGCCCCAUACCAAAGUGCACUUUCUCUGGAACCCCCGAGAAGAUCUCGACGCACUUUCGUUCUCACCACGAAAGCUCUGCCAUUGAUUUUCAGUAUGGAAAGCAAUUUAAAGCAUCUUUGGCGAAAAGUGAACCAUAUAUUGUACUCCCCAGCGAAAACGGUCUCCUUUUCCUCCUCCUCAAUGACAAGCAUGACAAAGGAAAUAAUUUAUCGGUGGCUUGCAUUCGACCGGGGGGUUCUACGGGUAGUGAUUUUGUGUAUGAGCUUAUGGUCAGUAAUGCUGAAAGCUCGCUACAGUUGAAGGCUUCGGCUAUAAACGUCAGGAAGUGGGAGGGAGUUUAUCCCAGUAAAGUUUUUCUUUUGGUGCCCCAGAACUUCUGCUCUUCUUAUGUGGAUAUUGUGCUUAAUGUUUGCAUUAAGAGUGGUUAGGAUGCGUAUGAAUUUAUAGUCUAUAAUCUUAUGUGUUGUAUUUGCAUGUAUAUAUUGAAAAAAUAUGGGAAACCUGUUCCAGCUAUCUAGCGUCUAAGAAUCAAGAACAUGUGUUUUUAUGGACCCCCUGAUCUCACUGAUGUACAUACACUUGUGUAGUGGUUAGGACCAUGUAAUUAGGAUUAAUGCCCUUGUCUCACUUGUGUUCUGUCUACAAUACUUAUUGACAGUCACGCUCGAGUUUGUGUCUGUAUUGUAUUUGCAUCCACUUAUACGUAGAAAAAAUUGGAAGGCUACUUUU